AUGCCGACGGGCAACACGCUCAUUUAUCUGAUACGUAAAGACCUACGUGUGUCUGACAACCCAAUCUUCCAUCAUCUUGCGACCUCGACUGAUCACGGCUUCACUCACUUGCUUCCUGUCUUUGUGUUCCCACCUCAUCAGAUAGAGGUAUCGGGAUUCAUCAAAGAUGGCAGCAAAAGCCCCUUUCCGGAGGCGAGAAGCCAGGUCGGAAAGUAUUGGAGAUGUGGACCGCAUCGAGCAAAGUUCAUCGGCGAAUCGGUGUGGAACCUGAAGACCUCUCUGGAGUAUCUUGAGAGCGGUCUUCUUCUACGCGUGGGCCUUCUGGGCAAUGUGGUUCAGAAUUUGAUUGAUGGACUACAUCAAAAGCAGCUGAAAGUCGGCGCGGUUUGGGCAACAGGGCUUGAAGGUACUGAGGAGAAAGGAGACGAGGAGGCAGUCUCAACAAUCUGUGAGAAGGAGGGAGUCGACUUCAAAUUAUGGGUUGACGAGAAGUAUUUCAUCGACGACCGAGACUUGGCCAUCGAAAACUCUGGUGUUCUUCCUGAUGUUUUCACGGAGUACCGUAAGAAGAGCGAACCAUUGCGUGAAAAACCGCGCGCGACUCUUCCAAAGCCAGAGAAGGCAUCUUUGCCGCCCAUGAUCCCAGAAUCUGAGCUCCCUGCGCAAGAGGCGCCAUUUGAGAUACCCACAACAUACGAUGCUUUCGAAAAGGCAAUCGUUGAUCCCGUCAAGAACUUCGUACCUAAUCCACCUCCCUUCCCGGAAAACACUGCGUCAGUUCAUCCUUUUAAAGGAGGUGAGGAUUCCUCCCAUGAACGGCUGGCACAUUUGCUGAAGUCGGAGGUCAUGGUCAACUAUAAGGACACUCGCAAUGGCCUUUUGGGUAGAGAUUUCAGUACGAAACUUUCUGCAUUUCUUGCCCAAGGAUGCAUCACAGCCCGGCAAAUCCACGAAGAGAUGGCCAAAUACGAGGACGGAAAAGACUCGGCUUAUGAGAAUGUGAAGGGCUACGGCGAAGGCGAGAAUGAUGGCACCAAAGCCGUGCGCUUUGAGCUAUUAUGGCGCGAUUUUAUGCGCUUGUGGACGCAGAAAGUCAAGUCGCGUCUAUUCCGUCUCGAAGGUUACCGAAGACAAGAGCACUACAAAGAUGGAGAACAGAAGCCGAAGUGGAAAACUGCAGAUGAGAAACAAGCCCUUCCCGCACAAGAGCCAGGACCGGCAGAGGUGACUAAAAUCCUCGAGAGGUUCAAUGCUGGCACAACGGGUAUGGGUUUUAUCGAUGCUUCACAACGGGAACUUAUUCACAGUGGUUAUACGUCUAACCGAGCACGCCAAAACGUGGCAAGUUUUCUUGCAAAACAUCUUGGAAUUGACUGGCGCUAUGGUGCUGAGUGGUACGAGAUGCUGCUAGUGGACUAUGACGUCUCUUCGAAUUGGGCAAACUGGCAGUAUGUUGCUGGGGUUGGAAAUGACCCACGCGGUCCGGAUCGAAUCUUCAAUCCGGUAAAACAAGCGUUCGACUAUGACAAAGAAGGUCUUUACGUCAAAGCUUGGGUACCGGAGGGGUUCGGAUACACUGGUUACGGCUGA